CAAUAAUCCUAAAUAGUAUGUGGAAGUGGGAAACAUUCACUCUUGUGGUACUGUGUAGUUUUUCGGCGGUAAAGUGCUUUGCUGAGAAAGUCGAUUGUUCAGUAAAUGGAACUCAAACGGAUUGCCCCACAGCUUGUCCAGAAACGUGUGAUACCAAAGGAAAGCCCAAUUGUACUUUGAUAUGCGGAGGUCCUUGUGUCUGCAAGCCAGGAUAUGUUGUCAAUAGAAUGAUUCCUGCCUGUGUACUGCGAUCUGAUUGUCCAAAAAUCGUAUUACAAAGCGACAGAGCCCGAAGACUGACGAAUUUCAAUUGCUUUAGUGGGGAAAAUACUUGCACUCAACUAAAACAUAGUAGUAGUAAGCGAAAUAAUGACUAACAGACAAAACAAAUUAUUGAGCACGAUUUUGGCUUCUAUUAAAAAAUUUAUGAACCCAG